GUGCUGCGCGCCGCGCAGGCCCCUCCCCCGCCCGGCCGUGGUCAGCGUCGCCGGGUCCCGGUGCUGCGGAGCGCCCACACACACCGGGCCGUGUCCCGUCCUGCCCCGCCCGGGGCUGCACAGCCCCCCGCUGACCGACCGACCGACCGUGGGCCGCAGGAGAUCCUGUUCCAGGGGUGUGUGGAGGCAGCUACCACUUGGCUUAGAAUAGGCAAACCAGGUACCAGGGACGCUUCUCUGUUCAGGUUAGUCCAAGAUGGCAGACCAGAGGCAACGCUCGCUGUCUACCUCUGGAGAGUCGUUAUACCACGUGCUGGGACUGGACAAGAAUGCUACUUCUGAUGAUAUUAAAAAGUCAUACAGGAAACUUGCACUGAAAUACCAUCCCGAUAAAAACCCCGAUAAUCCAGAAGCAGCAGAGAAAUUUAAAGAGAUCAAUAACGCACAUGCAAUAUUGACCGAUGCGACAAAGCGAAACAUUUAUGAUAAAUACGGUUCCCUGGGGCUGUAUGUAGCAGAGCAGUUUGGCGAAGAAAAUGUGAACACAUACUUCGUGCUAUCUAGCUGGUGGGCAAAGGCCUUGUUCGUGUUCUGUGGGCUCAUCACAGGCUGCUACUGCUGCUGCUGUCUGUGUUGCUGCUGUAAUUGCUGCUGUGGGAAGUGUAAACCUAAACCUCCUGAAGGCGAGGAGCAGGAAUACUACGUCUCUCCAGAGGACUUGGAGGCACAGUUGCAGUCAGAUGAAAGGGAGGCCUCAGACGCACCUAUUGUGAUACAGCCAGCAUCAGCCACAGAGACAACCCAGCUCACAGCUGACUCUCACCCUAGCUACCACACUGAUGGAUUUAAUUAAGUUAAGGAAACACUGUAAUUAGAAUGGAUUAAAAAAAUAUAUAUAUACAUGGCCAACUCAACACUAGAAUCAUGAACAUUAGAAGUAGAGGAUGGGGAGGGGGAGAAAUUCUGCCACAGUAAGAAGGCAGCUUUCCAACCUGCUGAAAGUAUUUUGUAAUCCCUUCAGCCUUUUGUCACCUUUCAGUGUCGUAUCUUGAUGAUACGUGAAGUGCUGUAGCAUGCAGUAUGUAAAGCAGUUUAGCUACGGUCUUACGUUUCCUUUCUCUUUUUUGUUUUGUUUGUUUUAUUUUUUUGGGCUUUUUUUCUUUUUUUUUUUUUUUUUGGUUGUUUUCUUUGUUGUUGGUUUAUUUUUUAAUAGCAUGUAUGGAGUUACGUUCAAUGUCUGUGGUGUAAUGUAUCGAGUUGUCACAGUACGUGUGAUGGAGACGUUCUGCAUUUUAAGCAGUGGUACUGGCCUCAAAUGAGACUUAAAGUUUCACAGGAGCCACCAUACUUUCAUACAGCCAAGCUGUCAAAGACCCUUAGAAAUAACCUCAUGGUUUUUAUUUGGGUGCAACAAGCCAAUUCUUUUAUUCCUCCUUCUAUUCCUGCGUUGCUACCUAAGCAAGUUUACAAAGCCAAGAACCAAACAAAAAAAAAUGCUAAAAUUCUCUUUUAAUGCUGGUUUACAGCUUAAAUAAAUACACCUUGAGAAGCGAGAAGGGAGACUUUCCGGUCUUUGAACAAUGAAGUUGAUGAGCAGCUCUUUAUGCACAAGGGUUAUCUUCAGUGAUGGUGUAACCACAAACUGUAGGGCGUCACAAGGCAGCUGUGAGUGGGUUCUCGUGGUGGUGGCGGUGGGACUUUAACUUCAAGCACAAUUCUGUUCUGGUUUGAGUUCAAUCCUUUUCCUGAAAUGCUAAAGACCAAAUAGAGCAGCUUCUUUGAAUGCAUGAGAAUCUUAAAAGUGAAACUGGUUAAUUGGUUUUCACUGAGCAAGUGAGUCAAAUGCAGGCAGUAGGUGACAGCAUAAAUGUUAAUGAUUUUCCUUUUAUAAUCGUUGUCUAAUAAUCCGAGAUACUGCUAAACAAGUGGGGUGUUCUGUGUUGUUUUAUAAAGUUCCUGUAAUACGUUAGCCCUUUAAUUUUCUCAUGAAGCAUCUUUGUGGAGUACCGAAAUGGCUUUUAAAGAACAAAACACUUUUUAUGUUGAUAUUGUAUGAUUUGCACAUUGUCUUACCUUUAGACUUGUUUACACCAGUGUUCUUCUUUCCCUCAGAACAACGGUGGGGAAACGAUUGCAAAGUUUCCUGAGCUAUUUUGAAGCCAAAUCGUGUUUGAGUACUGCUUUGAAACGGCUGUUUGUUGGGAUUUAACUGUUCAAUAGGCAUUUUAGCUGCUGAA